AUGGCGCCGGAAGUCGUGCACGGUCUCACGCUGAGUGUGGAUGAUGUCUAUAAAUGUGAUAUAUAUGGAGCUGGAUGGGUUGUGUUCGAUAUGGUGACUAGAAAUCCUGUUAGCCGAGCCAUGGAGGCCGUAUUUCAGGAUAGACUGCAUUUGAAUACCUUGAAAAAACUUGUAGCCGGAACGACUUGGUGUGGAAGACGCGUUGAGGCUAUGCGAAGUAAUGGUAAAGGAGUUCGAAAAAUCUCACGC